UUGGUAAUGUCAUCAUCUAACCAGAAGGUCGUCCACAAAGUUUGAGAAGGUUAUGGAAAAACAUUUUAAUUCUUUUGAGAAGGAUUGAGAGAGUUUAAGGAAGUUUAUUUAAUACGAUAGUAAUUCUUUAAAAAUCAAACUGUAUAGUUAGUUAGCACCCGGCCGUGGUCAAUCCAGAAACCGUUACCAAGUGAAAAGAAGCAGGAAAUGGCGCCAAAGAAGAAGGCAUCUCCAUCUCCGGACGAAUGUUCACCGGAAUGGUCGUCUUGCUAAUAGGAGGCGGUGUUCAAACUCGUCGACUACAGAUAUGGAAGCAGAAAUUGAUGCAGAUGGGAGCAAGUAUUGAAAACCAUUUUUCCAGAAAGGUCACGCAUGUUUUCGCCGUGGACUCGGAUUUACUACUCAAAGAAGUUGAUCGGGAGCGGUUAAUUCGUUCCAAAACUAAAGUACUACAAUACCAGUGGAUAGAGAGCAGUUUGAGAGAGGGAAAAGCAAUGCCUGAGGAUCUAUAUGUCAUAACUAUUGAAUCUGGAGGAGGGAAUAUGCAGAACUUUUCUGCAGAAAAUAGAAGCUACUGUGAUGAGCAGACCUCUAAGAAGAGCAGAGUCUCUUCAGAUGGUGUAAAUGUUGCAAGCCUAGAUCACAUGACGGUCACUGAACACUACAGUGGCAGUUCAUGCGACUCGGAUAUCGCAUCAAAUGUUUUAGGCCCAGAAGUUUCCUGUGAAGUUUUCCUUAAUCAUCAUGAUAAGGACUUCCUUUCAGAUUCAUCAUUACUUUAUAAACCUCCCGACUUAAACAAGAAUGUCACUGAGAUAUUUGGAAAGCUCAUCAACAUUUAUAGGGCACUUGGUGAUGAGAGAAGGUCAUUUAGCUAUUACAAAGCCAUCCUGGUUAUUGAGAAACUGCCUUCCAAAAUUGAGAAUCUGGACCAGGUGAAACACCUUCCUAGCAUUGGAAAGUCAAUGCAGGAUCAUAUUCUGGAGAUAGUGAACACCAGGAAGCUAUCCAAGCUGGAGCAUUUUGAGAAGGAUGAAAAGGUUCGCACAAUCACUCUAUUUGGAGAAGUAUGGGGCAUUGGUCCAGCCACUGCACUAAAACUUUAUGAAAAGGGGAACCGAACUCUAGAUGACCUAAAAAAUGAGGAAUCCUUGACAAAUGCCCAAAGAUUAGGUUUAAAAUACUUUCAUGACAUCAAAGUGAGGAUCCCACGGCAUGAGGUUGAAGAGAUGGAGCAACUUUUGAAGAAGGCUGGAGAAGAGAUUUUGCCUGGGGUAAUGGUUUUGUGUGCUGGAUCAUAUAGACGUGGAAAGGCAUCCUGUGGGGAUAUGGAUAUAGUAAUUACUCACCCUGAUGGAAAAAGCCAUAUAAGCUUUCUUCUGAAGUAUGUAAAGCGCUUGAAAGAAAUGAGCUUUUUGAGGGAAGAUUUGGUCUUCAGUGUUCACAGUGAAGAGGGUUUAGAUUCAGGAGUGGACACAUAUUUUGGUCUUUGCACCUACCCUGGUCGAGAACUGCGACAUCGCAUUGACAUCAAGGCUUAGAUUAUUGGCAGAAUCGAAGGGGUUUCGACUGGAUGAUACAGGGUUGUUUCUGGCUGCUACUCAGAGUUCCCUAGGGAAGCGGGGGGGGAUGAAAGGAGCAAUCUUGAAGUUCGAGAUGGAAAAAGAAGUAUUUGAUUUCCUUGGGUUUCCCUGGCUUGAACCUCACGAGAGGAACUUGUGAGGUUCAAUAUGUGAGAACGAACCAUUAGCAUGGGAAAAGCUCUGUCUAGCUCACCAGACCAGUCGCUUGCUGGCCCCUUAAGGGCAGACCGUUGGUGGCAGGGCACACCGGCGACAAUGGUGGCAGCCAGCUGCCGGGGGCGGUGCCCGGAGGACGCUGGCCAGGGCUGACGACCGGAGUCUGGUGACAGUGGCUGGUGAUGGUGGUUGGAGGCCGGCAGCAGUGGCUGCAGGGCUUGGGAAGGUGGCUGGGAGCUGGGGCUUCGGUAGUGGGCGGGGAUGAUGGAUGGAUCAUUUGCUGUUAGAAAGUAUAGUUGAUGAGGUGAGGCGGGGCGUGGCAAGAACAAUCAAGGGGUGAGCCAUAGGCAUAGUCAUUCCAUAAACCUCUGUUGUUUCGAUAUCUUUUCCAUGCAGUGGGCUCCAAUUGAAGCAGUGGAACAGCCUGGCUAGAGCCAUGAGGACCAGCGUCACCCCUAGGGGUGCACCCGGGCACCUCCUCUUCCCCGCGCUGAACGGCAGGAUCUUGAAGUCUGCCCCGUGGCUUAUCUCCACUCUCCCCACCGCCAGAUGCCUCUCUGGCCUGAAC